AUGUUGGCGCUUCCCGCUCCUGAAACGAGGUCGGCGGAUGAUCCGAUCCGUUUGAAUGUCUCAACGGGGGAAUCCUAUUCGCUUUAUGAACGUCUGGGACCGACGAUUGUGGCCUCUGAUGGGAGUGAGUACCUUCAUUAACCUCUCGAGUGUUUGUGUGGGUGAGGUUCGGUCUGGCUAAUUACAGGCUCUGUCUUGCAGCGCUGAGCCGAAUCGGGAACUGGGCAGAGAUGGAUGAGCUCGAACGCAGUCGAGUGCUGAGGGUCUUGGGCAAGAGGAAUCAGAUCAGGUUGGAAGCCAAGAGGAACGAGCAAGAACUAGAACAACAUCAACGUCGAACAGAAGCCGGGACCACGGACGAAGGUGACAUUGGGCGGCCAGCACCCUGA